UGAGCUGAGAGACAACUACCUUCAUUGUUAUUGAAGCGUAUUUAUUACAAAUUUACGUUUUGUUUCUGUAUCAUGAAUAAUAUUUUGUCACACAUGAAGUUACUGCUGAAAAUAACUGGCAGCUGGCUGACGGCAAAUUUUCUCAAGCAGCUGUUUAACAUGUCAGCUUUCGGUCUCCCUCCAAAAUCUAUCACUUCAACAUCUUGACAGAAUUUACUGUAUAAUUUGUCAUAACUUUUAGCUGUGUUUAUUUUCGCUCGGUGCAGAUAGUUGGAUAUAACCAUGAUAUAAUCCAAAACCAUCUCCCUAUCAAAUCCGGUCCACAGAAUCUCUUAACAUACUUUCGCAUUCAAUAACUUUUUUCGCUUUGUUGUUCUUUGUGUCACCAUGGAGAAUUACGUGCAACAACAAGAGUUUUCUGAAGCUAAAAACCGGAUAAGUUUAUUUGAAUCAGAAUUUGAAGAUGGUUGGUUCCUGCAAAAGCUGAUGAAAGAGAACUCUCCCUCCUUUCCUAAACGUCGUAGACUGGAAGACGAUGCUCAGAGUUGCAUCAGCAGCAGGACCGAUUCACCAGUAUCUGUUGACAGCUUCAUGGAUGAAAGUUUCUGUCCUACACCAACUGACUCUCCUUCCACUCGGGUGGCAACACUAUCGGAUUUUAAAAAACAUUAUAAAAAGGAUGAACUGUGGGCUGCUAUUGAAUCUAAUUACCAAUAUCUUAUGGAUGAUGAAAUCAUUGAGACAUGUAGGUCAACUGAAAGUGACUUGUCUCUUGAUGAUGAAGAUACUGCGAUAAAUCCCAAUGUAUCAUUCCAAGAAUUCAUGCAGCAAUACCAAGAACUGACUGACUGGCUGAACCAGAUUCAGGCAUUCACUCAGCGGAAGGUGAUGUGUCGAUCAGAGAAAUAUCUAAACCAGACCUACCAUGAAGAGCUGUUACAAAGAUCCCCUCGCCACAAGUUAUUAAAUGACUAUGCUCGCCAGUUACUCAAGCGAUAUCCUGCUUUAAAAGGAGAUGUUUAUGUACGACUACAGCUAUUAAAUGCUCAGUGGCAGAAAAUUGAGCAAGCAAUCUCACCAUCAAAGGGUGUACAAGAUUGGAAGACAAUGCUUAAUGACUUGAAAGCUGAUAUAGAUCAUCUGUGGAAAUGGCUUCGAGGUGUUGAAAAUCGUCUUUUACCAUUGUGUAUACGAAGUAGUUGGACUACACCUGAGUUGGAAGAAAAGUUGACUGAACACCAGAUAUUGCAAAAGGACAUAGAAUCUCAUUUGAGAGUGGUUUCAGCAGUACUUAAGCUUGGUGAAUGCCUUCAAAAUGGAAAAAAUGAAGAAAAGUUUCGUGAACAAUCUAUCACCUUUCCAGAAUCACUUCAUGAUGUCAGCCACAAUCUGGAGAAAAGAUGGCAUACAAUUUGGUUACAGUCACUUGAGUGGCAGUGUCGUUUAGAACAAGCAAUUAUUUCUAAGAAGAAACUGGAAAAUACCAAUCAGUUAUCAGCCUUUUCUCCCAUUAAAUUCUGGGGCCAAACUCCUCUUAGGCCAGGAAACCUGUCCUCUAAAACACAUUAUGAAUCCAGUGAGGAACAUGUUCAUGAUGUAGGUGGUAGUAGUUUAAGUGACCAAUGUGACGAAUCUGACAACAAAUUGCAUACAAAGCUUGAUAAAGCAACAGAAAAAAGCAUGCCUGGAAAACCUAAUGAAAACAACUCGGUGAGUCGAUUCAGUGAAAAACAGACAAAUGGCUUGGUCUAUGGCAAACAUGAUGACUAUAUUUUGAGCAUGAACAGAGAAAAUAUAUUUUUGGAAAAAGCACAACUUUAUCAAGACAAUACUAACCCAUUCAAAAAACUGGAAGACCAUAACAAUGUUGGCAAGAAUAUACUUUCAAACUCUCCACUACAGACUCAAAAGUUCUACAGUAUUAAAAAUCCGUCCAAAGUUGGAAAUAUUAACUCUUCAAAUCAGCAUUUUUAUCAAAUGGUCACUCUUGACACUGAUUGGUCUACAGAUUCGACCCAUGAUGAUAAUAUACCAAAAUUUUCCAACUACAGUUUCAACAAGACCACUGAUUCUGGUGUUAUUGCUGAUAUUAGCAACAAUAAUAUACAGACUCCAAGUUGUAACUUUAGUGAAAAUAUUGAUAAACCUUUACAGAUUGAAACAAUCACUUCUACAGCUGAUAAAAUAUGUUUCACUCCAGAGAAAAACAGCAUGGAACAAUCAUCAGGGAAAGAGUUAUCAACAACAUCUGACUCAGGGACUGACAAGUCCCCAGACAUGUCUAUAGCGACCACAACAACAGCAUCAGAGAGUUGCAGCUCCUCACAAAAAUCUAAAAGAAAGAUAAAAAAAGGCCACAAACCUGCUUUCUCCAGCUGCUCUUCUUGGUCUGGCGGAGAUGCAGAAAAUGCUGUUGAAAGUUCUUGUGAUGCAAGUGGAGAAGAAAGUGGAGACAGUGAUGGCUCAGAUGAGUUUUCUACUGCCAGUGAAGACAGCCAGCAUAUCCUAUAUGAACGGGCCAUGCAUCCACAAUCUCUUUGUAAUGAUAAAGUAGAUUCUGCCAAAGUAGCAGAGCAUUCAUCGCUCCCUAUUCAAAGAGAGGGAAGACGAAAUAAAGAGAGGCCUUGGAGUGUUAUUGAGCUUUAUGAACAAAGCAAUGGUCUUGACUUGAAACCAUUUUUCAUAUCUGAAAGCGCUCUUGACCAGUUACGUUCCCAGGAGGUAUCAACUCCAACUAAAAAUAAUCAAUCCUUUGAUUAUGCAUCUGCUACAUUUCCUAGAUUAAAGAGGAAAGAAAAUAUUUUGAAAUCCCUUCAUGCAACGUCAGAUGACACCCUGUCUCAUCCAGGUGUGAAACGUAAACUUGAAAAUGACUUUCCAAAACUCUGCCAAAUUCUGAGCAGCUUAUCUCAAGAAAGCUUACUGAGACAAAGUUAUCGUUCUGAGAGCGAAUCUGAGACAAAAGAACUUGCACGCCAACUACAAAACACAACCGUUUGUUCGGGUACAAGCGAUACAGAAUCUGAAAGUGGAGGAGCUUAUGGAACUGCGAUGGAAGAUGCAUCAGAUGGGGAAUACUUCCCAGGUAGUAAUGGCUCCUUUUCUGAAACAGCUUGGGACAACUACCAGGCACCACUCUAUCCCACAGUCAGUGAUGAAGCUACAGAACCAGCUCUUCAGUGGUCAGGUGAAAUGGAGUUUGAAGAGGAAUUAUCACCUGUGACUACCAACAACACUAUAAUCACACAAGUUGUUGCAAAGCGGAGUGAUGAAGAUUCUGGAAAGUCAUCCCGCUUAGCACCGUGUGAUGAUAGUGACUCUGAUCUGGAUGACUUUUACCAUGUUCUGGACGAAUCUUCCAACCAACUGAAAGUCACAGAUCAUGCGUUGCAAAAGAAAAAGAAAGACACAGGCUUGUAUUUGAACACCGGCCGAUAUACUGAACUGCUGGCUACUUGUCAGACCAAUAUUAAGUGCCUAGAAGUCAUCUACCAGCACCUGAACAGUGCCACACCUGUAAGCAAGGAUGACUUGGACCGAAUGCAAGGAUUGCUGUAUCAGUGGGAGAAGUUGCGUGCCCUGGCAGUGGAGCGUCAAAGCCAGUGCCGAGAACUGUGCCUACUUAAUACAAGUCUCAUGACAGUUUACAACUGGCUACAAGAGUUGUCGACCCUCAUCAAAAAAGAACAGUUCAAAGGCUUACCUGACGCACAACAAAUCAUCAAAAUUACACAGGAAAAGCAAGCCUUAUUUGAAGAAAAAAUGUCUAAACUGAAUGAAUUAAAGGAAUCAGUGCUCUCCUUUAAAGAGCAGCACCCAACCAUAAGUGUUGAAGGUUUCCUCAUGAAGAUAGGGAAAUGCAUUACUGAGUUAAAUUCUCUAAGAGAUAAAUGUGCUACAAAACUUCCUCAGUUACAGAAGUACUUAUUAGUAUGGUAUGAGUACAAUGAGACCAAGAAAGAACUAGACUAUAUGCUGAGACAGCAACGGCAGCAGUUGGAUAGCAUAGUCUAUCAUUUAGAGGUAGAUUUACCAAAACAUCAACCCAAUGUGCAAAAUGAUUUAAGAGCUGUCCAGAAAAGCUUGAGUCUCUGCCAAGAAAAACUUGACCAACUGCAAUCUUACCGUCUCCAGUUGACCUGCUAUUUGGACCGCUCAGCUUGUGCCGGCAUUUCUGCUGAUUAUUCUGAAUAUCGAAGUCUGCUGUUUGCUAUAAAACAGCAGUGUCAAAAAUCUAUCGCCAAGGCAGCUCGGCUCAACUCAAACAGGGCUGGUAAACCUGCCCGUAUUGAACACACUCUACAGGCAAGCAACAAUGGUUCGUUAGGCAGAGGUCGCUCCCUUGUGUUUCCUUCCCAUAUCACUCCUACAUCUACCACUCCUGACUUGGCUAAAGAGGAAACAAAUAUCAGAAGUGAAAAUGGAACGCCGACUUCAGCAGUGGCAGUUCCCAGAACUACAUCAUCUAACUUUCAAAACACAAUGCAAGGGCUGGUGCUUGUCUGCGUAGCAGGACUUGCUUAUUUGGCAGACCCUGAAGCUCUUGAGAAGCUAAUCAGCUUCUCGAUCCAGUUGAACCCCGAGUUAAGAUACAUCAAUGGUGCACCACCUAUUUGAGGCCCCUAUAAAAAAGUUUUGUGUUCAAUGAUAUCUACCCCCAUUUUACUACAAAAUAUUGCAACAAUUUUUGUUGUUAUGGCUUACAAUUUUUCUAUUCAUGAUCAACACUUACUGGUACCGAUUCAUUUUCCAGUGGGAUAUGGAGAGGGGCACUAUUCAGCAGUACAAUAAUGUCAAAAGUAAAACGAAAUGAAUUCAUCCAAAUUUUAAAUUUCCAAGAUUUUUAAAACGUUAACAAAGAAACGUCUUUAACAGCAAUUUAAUAUAGAUCGCAAUUUUGAUUUAUCAACAUUUUCCAAAUUAACAGGAAAAAAAAUUUGUUUAUUUUUGGCUUUUUGAACAAAGAUGAAAAAGAAAAAUUGGACAAAACAAUAAUGUAUUUUGAAAUUUUUGGCUCUAACCAUGAUUUCAUGUUUUACGACAAGGAUUUGAUGCUGUUUAAUUUAACAAAACAGUCCAAGUAUUGCUGAAUAGAUAUCCUUUUGUGGUGUGGAUUUCAGGCAGCUCCUCCAUACCAGUAAGUGUUGUUCAUAGCAAUUUUAUUUAACCCUCGUUUCUAACUAGCUUUGUGUGAAGUUUAGGCUGUGUAAAAUUCACAUAUAUAUAUAUAUAUAUAUAUAUAUAUAUAUAUAUAUAAAAUAUCAAAA